AUGAACAAUCCUAUAGUUCAAAAAGAUUAUAAAGUAGAUGCUCCAACCAAUGAAAGUUAUAACGAAGUAGUUAAAUAUGGGAGAAAACUAGAAAUUGCCGUAGAACUGCAAUAA